UAGGGCGGAGAGAGAGGGGAAACUAAAACAUCAACAGUUUUUAUUUCAUUAAUAACGAAAAAAAAAAAGUUCACCAAAUUUUAAGGGCAUAAAAUGACGGCAAAGGAGAGCACAGGGGAGAACAGCGUUUCGUCGCGCAUCACGUUGUUCAACCAGCAAGUUGAGGAGCAUCAGCAGUGGCAGCGCAUCAAUCCAUUUGCCCAUUAUAGCGUGCGCGAUAUGCCCAAGCGUAGCAUUCACAGGGAAUUCUACGGCACCCCACCAGCAGGCAGUCUUUCCGAGAAGCGGGCGCUACAGGCACAGGUGCUAUCGCUCCAGGAGAUACUGCAGCUGUGCGAGCUGAUCAAUGAAAAUGGCGAAAAAACAGCAGCCGAUGGAACGCCAGAGGUUAGCCUCACAUUUGGCGUACUUUUUGAGAUAUACAAUCACAUCUCCGACAAGCUGCUGGGCACGCUGCUGUGCGCCCGCAAGCACAAGUAUAUUGACUUCCAGGGUGAGACGCUUUUCCAGGGGCGAGACGAUGCGCAGUUGGUGCGGCUUCGGCAUCCUUUCGAGGAGCUGAAGAGUACAAUUUUGGGCAAGAUUGAGAAUCUGCGUUGCAUUACUAUUGUGAAGCCCGUGGAGCACCCGGAACUGCGUGAUGCCCAGCUCUUGUAGGUCGCACGUGGCUGUCAGAGUCGCUGACCCGUGUCAACUGUGGCACGCAACACAGCGGCACGUGCGCUCUCCCUAAGCCUUUAACAGUUAAUUCAAUUAACAUUAAGGCUGCCUAAAGCGCACUCAGCCAAGGGAUCCCAAGGCAAGUGCCCCCCCUACCAAGACAACCAGAUUGUUUCAAUACACACCGCCAUGCGGCGCCCUGUUGUGCUCUGCAAAAACACCUGCCUCUCAAAUUGCCACCUGGAAUACAGCCAAUGUAUCUGUAUCACAUUUCGGCCGACAUUCAUAUGCAAAUAAAUAACUUUCAAAAGCCUUA